CCGACCCGCGCGCCUGAGGGCGGGGUGCUCGGAGGUGGAGAAGGACCCAUGCGCGUGGGCGCUGACGCGCUGUGAUUGGAGAUCUAGUCUGUGUGCUAUGAGUUUGGCUGUGUUCGGCCAUGGCUGCCGGCGAGGUAGAGGCAUGCCGGCCAAGUACGAUGCCGCCGCGCAGUACUCAGCCGCAUCCUCAACCUCCUGGAGCACCAGGUCCACGGCGGGAAAUCCUGGAGCACGAGAACCAUGUCGAGCCGCACAACGGCCGCGGUGCCAGCGAGGAGGCCGACGACCUCCACCCACCCAGGUUGCCGCUCCUCUGGGUGAUACAGCUUCUCGCGCCGUGGAGGUCUAGAAGGGCAACAUCUACGCACACGCAUGCCGACAUGCGAGGACAGGGGCUGCGCGCAUCUGCGUGCCUCACAGAGCUGCCGACGAUCCAAAGGGGAGCCGCAUGGUGGUUCAAGAUGCCUGCCGACGAGCGAGCCGCGCGGUAGUGUAGGGUGCCAGUCGACAGAGAGUGAGUCACGUGGAAGUUCGGCAAGAUCUGUGGCGGGAAAGAGACACGCGUGAGAGGACCGCGAACUCAUCGGCGGAGUGCGAGCC